GGGGCUGCGAAGGUGCGCAUCAAAUAGAAUUAGUAAACAAAUCUGUUCGAAAACUGUUGGCCGGCCCUGUUUUCAGUUUUGCACUAUAUUGGCCGUGAGAAUGGACUCGCCAUUUCAACUAGAGGACCAGCAGAUCCUAGAGGAGGACUAUGAUGAGAGCUACGAGCCUACAGAAGACGAGGUGCUUGAGUAUUGCAAGGUGUUGGGUUUGGACCCGGUUACUGAGAGAGACUUGCUCUACAUUGCUAAGGAAGGCAUCAAAGCUCCUCUACCAACCAACUGGAAACCAGUUGAGGACCAAACAGGAAACGUAUACUAUUUCAACUUUGGCACUGGAGACAGUACUUGGGAGCAUCCGUGUGACGAGUUUUACCGGAAACUGCUCGAGCAAGAGCGAGAUAAACGAUCAAACAAACCCACUGAACAAACCGACGGAAUGUUGUCAAAGGGCAAGAAGAAAGGCGUCACUCUGAAGGGGAGAGGAGGGAGACAGAAUGGAGGGAAUAAUGGACUACCAAUGAGGAAUGGUGGACAGCACCAACAAGCACCUCUAAGAAAACUCCCUAAUAUGAAUGGCUCCCCUCCUCACGGUAAACUAGCACCACUCUCCAUGGGGAAACCUCUACCAAGUAUCGGUGGGCUGCCUCCAUUAAAGCCUCCCUCUACCCUAGCCCCCCUACGACCACCCCCCAGUCUGGCGGGCACUCUGAGCAGCACAGGGGGUAGCAGCAGGGGUACAGAGCGUCUGGGGGUUAGUGGUGGAGAAGGGGUCGACCUACUGGGAUCAGUGAGAAUAUCAACACAGUUCGAGGAAGAAGACACAGAAUCAGAGAGCGUUUCAAGAGGAGGUGGUUUCAAAACUAAGCUCCAUCUGCUGGGAGCUGAAGACCUGGGACUACAGAUAUCCGAUGAAGAGCUAGACUCUACAGAAGAUGUGAGUAAAGAACUCCGCCAGAUCAUGGACAUCUCCAGUGAUCGUGACAAUAGCGAACACUCUGUCAGACCUCAGCUCAGACCAAGCGCUCCCCUCCCCCCACCUAAAGCAUUAGGGGAAUCCCCCCUCUCGUCCCUGCAUAGAAGUGGUGGUGUAGGGGAAUCCCCCCUCUCAUCACUACAUAGAGGUGGUGGUGUAGGGGAAUCCCCUGUCUCCUCCCUGCAUAGAGGAGGUGGUGUAGGGGAAUCCCCUGUCUCCUCCCCUCGUUUCCUGCGGCCAGGAGGGACUAGAGUGAGGAGUGGAAGCAGCUCACCAUUGAGCACCAGCUCUCCCGUACAGCCACCAAGGAGCAAGAGCCUCAGUAUCCCUACCACUACUGCUGCUGCUGCUGGUAGACUAGGGGGAACUGGACAACAAGAUGUGCUGUCAAGGGAGCAUGAUGUUGCACUGAAGCAGCUGAGGGAGAAACACGAGUCAGAGCUGAAGCAAACAAUGGCAGAGCUAACAGAGACACUGGAGGAGACACAGGCCAGUCUGGCCAGUCAGAAUGAGCGCAAAUUGACCUCAUUUCGGGAGCAGCUUGCUAGAGAGCAGCUCUCUGAAGAGAAGAGGCUUCGGUGUGAGAGUGAUGCUGCCCUAGCUGAGGUGCGUGUGAGGGUGUGUGAGGAGAGGGAGGACCAGGAGGCACGACUGGAGGAGGACAAGGUGGACUACCUCAGGAAGAUGAGGCUACAGCUCUCCAAUGAGAGGGAGCGAGAAGAGAACAUUCUUAAAGAAGACAGCAAGAAGACACUGAAUCAACUAAGGGGCCAGCACCAACAAGAGCUGAGCAAGACGGAGGCUGAGAUACGCUCACAGGCAGAGACAGAGAUCAAAGCUUUGAGGGAGAGACUAACUAGAGAGGUAGCUGUGGAGAGAGAGAGUGUUCAAGACCUGCUGGAGGGAGAGCUGGAGGCAGUACGAAGUGGGAAGGAUGUUCAGUUGACUGAGAGGAAGGAAGAGAUUGAGAGCAACCAUCAGAAACAACUGGAGCAGCUAGAGCAACUCAGAGAAAAGCAUGAGCAGGAGUAUCAGAGUGCUCUUGCUGAUAUUGAAGCUUCUAAUAAACUAGACCAGGCCAAGAGUGAGUCAUUACAGACACACCAGCAAUCCCUGGAAGAGCUACAGACACAGUUCUCAGCUGAGCUUGACAAUCAGAGGGGAGAGCUCAAAUCCAAACAUGAACAAGAAAUGGAGAAGCUGUCCUGCCAGUAUGAGAGGGAGCUGACACAGACCAAGGAGGAAUGGGCUGAAAAGAUAUCGUCAGAGAGACAGAGGCUAAGUGCAGAGUUUGAGACAGUCAAGACAUCUCUACAUCAGGAACAUGAGGUGAUUGUACACUCUCUUGAGAGCAAACUACAAGCUGCACAAGCUGACCUCGAGGCACAAGCUCAGCACCAGUCAGAAGAGCUGACCUCACUUCAAUCAGAGCAUGCUGCUAAAGUAUCAGAGCUGACCUCACUGAGAGAACAACUAUCUCUUGAAGAAACCACUCUCACCCAACAACGUGCUGACUUAGAGACACUUCGAAUCAAUCUAGCCAGUGAGAGAAGUGAUCUCGAUCGUGAACAGGCAGAACUUGAGACGUAUAGAACAGAGCUGGCCAGUCAGAGAGGAAAGGUGGACAGAGGACUGGCUCAGAAGCACACCAGAGAAGGGAGGGACGGACAAGCUGCUGCACAGAGGGAGAGAGAGAGCUUGGCCCAGUUGCAGAGAUCACACAAGAACUUGAAGGAAGCUAUUCUAAAGCUUCAGCAACAAAAGGAAACUGUGCAAUCAUCACUAGACCAACUGCUUCGUACACAGGAAGAGGUCAAAGGUCAAGUAUCGGCUCUAAAGAAUGAAGAGCCCACUAUAAAUGGUGGUAGCGGAGGGAUGAACUCUAACCCUAGUGAUAAUGAGGGCGGAGGGAUGAACUCUAACCCUAGUGAUAAUGAGGGCGGAGGGAUGAUGGAUGUGAGGGAACUGGACCCUCCCACACACACUGGAGGACACACAUACACACACACUGACGCUGUAAGGGGGUCAAAGGUCGCAGGUCCAAGGGAGAGUAAACAAAGAGCUCACAAGAGACACAGUCGCCCACACACAACCACGGACUAUGACGAUGGUAACCUGAGCCUACUACAGGAGAUACGGGACAAACUAGAUCAGGAGGCGGUUGUGCUGAGUCAGCUGGAAGAGAAAAUGCUCUCCUCUGGUACUCAACAGAGGAGGGGGGACACUGCACUGGGCCGUCAGCUUGAAGACCCUUCAGAUGAGGACAGCCCGUUCCUUCCUCCCACUGAUGUACCGUCACCCAAAACCUACCUCUCUAAACUACAGGCCAGCCUCGACAAGAGCAGACGCUACACCCAACCCUCCCCUAGAGUCAGGCACCAGAGCUCACCCCUACCAAACCACACCCUCAUCAAUACCAGUAGUGAUAGCGAGGAUGACACUACACUGCAGUCCUCAACCAAUGAGGUUCAGACUAGAGGAACCAAGUUCUCAUCGUCCACUAGGAGAAUACUGUCAGACGGUGGUGGAACAGAACGCAAGACUAAAAGAACAGAUACUGUGGACUCAGACAAAACACAACAGAAUAUGAUAUUCCAAUCUCUAAGUAUGAUAAACUCGCAACUUGGCCAGCUAUUGGUUCGCCUACCCGACACCCCUCACACUCCACACGCCCCUCACAUCUCACACACACCCACGCAAUCACAUGGAUAUGACGCCAGCGGAGGAGCUACAAAUACCAGGUGGGCGGAACCUGUGAUAAGGUCACAUGAUCAGACAGAGUGGGACCUGGCUGACAAGAGACGCUCUUAUCUCGGUGCUCGACCAACCGUGUCCAGCGGUUCUACUGUAUUAAGCAAUUCUCAUCUAUUAAGGUCCGGUCGCCUCCCACCAUCUACAGAACAGUUGAUCCACAACCAGACUGACUGGCUGAAGGAGUUCCGCCAGAGUAUACCCCUCAACCACCAUCGCCCCCCCACAACGAGUACACUACCCGGCCACCAUCGCCCCCCCACAGCACUACCCCCCGGCGCCGGCCCCAACCUGCUCCCCAGGAAGCACAAACUUGUAUUAGACCACGGAAACAAUGUUAAACUGAUGCACAUUUGAGUAUUGUAUUGUAAACUGUCAUUUUUCAAAACUUUAUGAGAUUGCUUGUAUGGAAUGUGUGCUAUGAAUUCAGGAAGUGAUUAACAUU